AAAAGGAGGCGGGACUUGUGAAAUGACCGGUUAUAAUGUAGCUACAUUGUAACGUAGUUGUGCGUAUGUGUAAACCAGAUCGUCGUGAAGAGACAGAGUGUCCAUUGUGCUAAUCUCUGGGAAGGGCUCCCUUUAGCCCUUUCCUAACAGGACCCAGACAGAAUGUCUGAAAGACCAAUUCGGAUUGCCAUAGUGAACCAGGAUAAGUGCAAGCCAAAAAAAUGCAAACAGGAGUGCAAGAAGAGCUGCCCGGUGGUCCGAAUGGGCAAACUCUGUAUAGAGGUCACUGCGCAAAGCAAAAUUGUAUGGAUAUCUGAAUCACUCUGUAUAGGAUGCGCCAUCUGCAUUAAGAAAUGCCCAUUUGGUGCGUUGGCUAUCGUCAACCUGCCGAGCAACCUGGAGAAAGAGACCACACACAGAUACUGUGCCAACUCUUUUAAACUGCACCGGUUACCAAUCCCCAGACCAGGCGAGGUUUUAGGGCUGGUCGGGACUAACGGCAUUGGAAAAUCAACAGCACUUAAGAUCCUGGCUGGGAAACAGAAACCCAACCUGGGCAAAUAUGAUACUCCUCCUGACUGGCAGGAAAUCCUGGCUUACUUCCGAGGAUCUGAACUGCAGAACUACUUCACAAAGAUCCUGGAAGAUGACCUGAAAGCCAUUGUGAAGCCCCAGUACGUCGACCAGAUCCCUAAAACUAUCAAGGGAAGUGUGGGCUCUAUUCUGAGCAGGAAGGAUGACUCUAAGACCGAGGCUGUAGUCUGUGAGCAACUUGAUCUGACCCAUCUUAGGGACAGGAACGUUGAGGACCUGUCAGGAGGAGAGCUGCAGCGUUUCGCUUGUGCAGUGGUGUGCAUCCAGAGAGCAGAUAUUUUUAUGUUUGAUGAGCCCUCCAGUUACCUGGACGUGAAGCAGCGUUUGAAAGCUGCCAUCACCAUUCGCUCUCUUAUCACACCGGACAGAUACAUAAUUGUUGUCGAGCAUGACCUGAGUGUUCUGGACUACCUGUCUGACUUCAUCUGCUGUCUGUAUGGAGUACCGAGUGCUUAUGGUGUCGUUACUAUGCCCUUCAGCGUACGAGAAGGCAUCAACAUUUUCCUGGAUGGCUAUGUGCCAACUGAGAACCUCCGGUUCCGUGACGCUUCACUGGUUUUCAAAGUUGCUGAGACGGCCACCGAGGAGGAAGUGAAGAAGAUGUGUCGCUACCAGUACCCCAAUAUGAAGAAGGCCAUGGGUGAUUUCGAGCUGUGUAUCAUCGAGGGCGAGUUCACAGACUCGGAGAUCAUGGUUAUGUUAGGUGAAAAUGGAACGGGCAAAACUACAUUCAUCCGGUUGCUCGCUGGCCGAUUAAAACCGGAUCAUGGAGGAGAGGUCCCGAUCCUCAACGUCAGCUACAAGCCUCAAAAGAUCAGCCCCAAAUUCAAAGGUAGCGUGCGUGCCCUGCUGCACGAGAAGAUCAGGGAUGCGUACACACACCCACAGUUCGUCACAGAUGUCAUGAAGCCGAUGCAGAUUGACAGCAUCAUCGAUCAGGAUGUUCAGAACUUGUCCGGAGGAGAGCUGCAGAGAGUAGCACUCACUCUGUGCCUCGGCAAACCUGCAGACGUCUACCUGAUAGAUGAGCCCUCAGCGUACCUGGACUCAGAACAGAGGCUGAUGGCUGCCCGAGUCAUCAAACGAUUCAUUCUCCAUGCAAAGAAAACCGCGUUUGUAGUCGAGCACGACUUCAUCAUGGCCACGUACCUGGCCGACCGUGUCAUCGUAUUUGACGGAGUUCCAUCAAAGAAGACGACUGCCAACACGCCACAGAUGCUGCUUGCUGGCAUGAACAAGUUUCUUUCUCUCUUGGAGAUCACGUUCAGGAGAGACCCAAACAACUUCAGACCAAGAAUCAACAAGCUCAAUUCCAUUAAGGAUGUCGAACAGAAGAGAAGCGGCAACUAUUUCUUCCUCGACGAUUAGCUCAACCCAUCAUUAACUCCACUAAGAGAUUGCAGGGAUCUUUUUCUGCUUCUGGGUGUAUCUGUAAUGCAGCUUGAAGUGAGAUACUGUUUAUGAGGUUAGGUUGUUUUUUUUCUCCACAAAGAGUCAGUGUCUAACAGUAUUUAAAAAGCUACACUCAUACACACGUCGUUACUUCUUCUUUAAGCCAGUUUCAGUGUGUGACCACUAGAGGGCAGCGGACUUCCAGUCCUGCUAUCAAUAUGGCUCUAAAUUCUCCUGUGUUUUAAUGUGUGGAUUAAAAGUGAUGUGGAUGAUAAAAAAA